ACGCGUUGUUUGAAGGACCACGCUGCUGUUGUCAACUAUGAAUCAUUCAAGGCAUAUAUCAGUUAUAACUUCCAACAUCAUCAACCCCAAACACUCGAUCGAAUCAAUCCCAGAUUAGAUUAAUUUCCCUUAUGCGCUCAAGCGUCUGAUCUGAGUUGAGAGCGAGCCGUGACCAUGAGCCACCUCUACGACGACAAUCAGCACCUCGCUCCAUCUGCUCCGUAUCCUCCACCGCCACCGCCGGCCGCCGCGCCGCUCUACCACUCAUAUCCACCACCGCCACCUGUGGCUGCUCCGCAGCUCUACCAUCCACACCGUCCUCCUCCUCCUCCUACCCACGGAUACCCAGCAGCAGGCCCCUACGUGGCUCCACCGCCGCCGAGUUACCCCAUGAAAGGUGGCAGUAGUGGAUAUCCCCAACCCCAACAGCCACCCAGCAAAACUAAGCGUCGGCCGUGUGGACCUUGCGUUUGCUGCAAGCUUUGUUGUGCUACCCUCUUUUGCUGCUGCUGCGUGGAUAUGUGCUUCUGACUGAAGAUUCUCAUAGUCUCAGCUGUUCAAUCAUUUUUACACGGAAAUUAUUGUAAUAUAUUUAUAUAUAUUACCUUCGUCAAUCGUCAUAAUCUGUUUAAUUUGUAUGUGAGAAUAAUUUUAAUUUAAUAAGGGCAUAUAUAUAUAUAUAUAUGAAAAUAAUGUGUUGGCUUGGCGCAGUAUCACGUGCUUGGCUGCUUCUUCUUUAAGGUA